AUGCGACAGCAGAGGAGUUUUUGGAGUUGGCGUCCUUGCCAACACGAAAAUGGCAAAGAACAUCGACUCUUUCGAACAACUUACGACCUGAAUCGGACGUCUAUGGAUGAGAAGAUGUGGUCCAACGCUAGCUCUGACUAUCUUCCUCGCUUACGCUCCAAUAUCAAGCCACGAAAAAGAAGUCGAAGCUUUCUAUAUGGACCUGGAGAAGUUCUACCGAGAAGAUCAUGCCUUCUACAAGGUCAAAAUUGGCGAUUUCGACGCCAAAAUUGGGCCCAAGAAGAACGCCUGAGGACUUCACAUCGGGACCCACGGCGUACAACGGAAAGAACAGGGGGAAAGGAGUUCAUCAUGACGACAAAGACCAUCCAUGGGAACUCGCAGUUCCAGAAGCCCUCUUCUCUACGCUGGACAUGGGAGUCACCCGGUGGAGGGUACCGUAAUGAAAUAGACCACAUCAUCGUCAAUAAAAGGUUCUGCCUGACGGACGUCGCUGUUGUGCCAAAGUUCUAUACGGGAUCGGACCAUCGCCUCCUCCGAGGAAGAUUUUCCUUCACAAGGAGAGAAGAGAAAGCCGCAAAGUUCAGAGAGCGAAAUCCCAGAACUAUUGUUAACUGGGAUCUUUUCGCCACGCUAGCCGGCUUUUGGAAAGAUUCCGCAAUAGAGAACGUCGACGAGAAGUUCCGGCUUGUUGAACAAUUUCACGACUGCACGAAGAAGGCUGAGAGUUUUAAAACCACGAACAUAUGCCUGUCUCUUGAAACUCUUGAGCUGAUACGCCAGCGUGGAGCAGCACGAGCCGCAGGGAACCAAGAACUCACGUCCGAGCUCGCAUGGCUUUGCAGAGAGGCGAUAAGGGAAAACCUUAAAGAGAGAAGAGCAGAAGUGCUGGCUGAAGCUGCAGAGGCGGGUAAAAAAAACCCCUAUGCCCGUCGAUACUUCGCCAGUCGCAAGACAAGGAUGAGUGCUCUCCGGAACCCGAAGGGAACAAUCAUUGCAUCCAGAAGGGGAAUGGAGAAAAACAUCUACGACUUCUACUCUGAUCUCUUCGACAGCCAUAUUCCACUUGCCUCCUCACCAUCUGAGAGAAGAUGGACAUGUUAUUCCAGAGGUUCUCCCGUCCAAAGUACGACAUGCUAUCAUGUCGUGCUCAUCAAGACCCUGGCGAGGCUCUUCACACGUUACCUGUCGGAAUGCAAGGUUUUUAAACAGUGGAAGACCAGCAAGACUGUGUUGUUGUAUAAAAAGGGAGAUCCACAUGACAUCAGCAACUAUCACCCAAUCUGCUUACUGUCCGUCAUCUACAAGCUCUUUACAAGAGUUAGAUUGUGGGAUGAGGGUGGUUCCCCUGAUUCCACAAUCUGCAACUCCAUCUCCAACUCAACUCUCCCUAAUCGUGCUAAAAACGGUGUACAAGUGCGAGAGUAUAAGAUGCCGCUCUGUCUCACCUUCAUCGACUUGAAGAAGGCCUUCGACUCAACAGAGAUGGAAGCGGUCAUGGAAGCCUUGGACAACCAAGGCGUCCCUACCCAGUACAUAAAGGAUGCAGUGAAGAGGACUAAGAUGUUCUGGCUCUGUGCUUACCUAUUCAACAGCACCGUUCCUCCUGGUUUGACCUACGGUUCAGAAACUUGGGCGUUUCGCAAGCAGAAAGAAAAUCCGAUCAUCAUCACAGAACGCGAAAUUGAAAAGGUGAUGCUAGGAGUAGCCCGCUUUACGCAAGUGAAAGAAGGGAUUCGAAGUUCUCUGCUACGUCAGCGGUCGAAGAGUAGAGACGCCGCCGCGUUUGCCAAGAAAGUAAAAUAA